UGUUUGUGGCAAACAUGUCUUCUAAUAUGCCCCAUUCUUUAUAUUUCCUAUCUCCUUUCUAGGAUAGAUUUUUUUCUCAACGCACUAUUUUGUUCCCUUGCUCUCCUAUGUGCCGGAAACAGUGACCCGGAAGUCCUGUUCAUUUCCUUAUUCCGGCCCGGAUGUCUGCGCGGCCCACGUUUCCGGCAGCCGCUACUCAGGGAAGCUGUCGGGGCAGGGGAAAAGCGCGCAGGUGAGCGUGUCCCAGCAAGCACCCCCAGCUUCCUCUGAUGCUAGUGCAAGGGUUGCACAGACAGAUUACACAAGUAAGAGCCACUGUCUUAAAACAGCUAUUUCUGAAGCCGAUGCUCCCUGCAGAUACUCGGCACGUGAAAGACGCAGACCAGCAUCUGGAACUGCUCACGGGAGGCAGGCCAAGGAGGGAGGAGGGAAGUCAAGGAAAGGCGAGAACAGAAGGGACAAGCUGAAUGGGACAAAUCCGAGAGGGACAUCAACCCUGAGUGCUCGGGACUCCAGGAAGCGACCUGAGGGCGGCUGGAGGGGCUGCAGGGUGGGUACUGGGGGAUGGGCAUCAGGGAGGGCACGCGUGGGGAUGGGCUCUGGGUGCGACUGAUGGGCUGGUGCGCGCUACGUCGGAAACGAAUGAGGUUGGCGAAUAUCUAUAAACUAAUCAGACACUAACAUGUUGGCUCACUGAACAUAACCCAAAAAAAGAAGAAAGCCAAGAAACCAUCAGAAAGGGAAAGAACUGACAAAAAGCAGCCACACUAGAAUUGUAGGGAAAAGAGAAGAAAGGAAGGGUCUCCUGGCCGGCGGGGCAGUGACGGGGAGGGCGGGGUGGGCCCUGACGCGCGCGGGGAAGCUCCUGAAGCCGUGGCCGGGAAUGGCCGACGCAAAGCCGCGUGGUCUGCUGAGGCGCCCUUGGACGGCGCGGGGAGCUGCCCAGCGCGCAUGGCGGACGCCCACCGCGACGGUCACUUGGGCGUUUCCCGUCCGAGUCCGCGGGACCACCCUGUCCGGCCAGAGAGAACGUCCGUCAUGGCUCGUGCGCGGGGCACCCUGAGGCCACCUCAGUGGCAUAAUGGGGGAGACACUCUGGAGAAGAUCUCGGGAAAACAGAGACUUUCCUCUUCUCCGGCUCUACGGCAGAUGCUGUUGCCUGACUUCCAGGUCGCCCGAGACUCUCACCGUGAUUUCUUUCUAAGUAACACGUUCCGUGACCGCGUGUCCCCGCGACGACUCACCGGCCAGGACACACGCGGGGUCUCACACAGAUGGGCGCCAGCGCGCGUUCGCCGUCGGGCUGAGGAGAUCUGGAGGGAGCGAGGGUCUCGGAGGCAGACCAGACCGGCGGCGUGUGAGGUACUUCCGGAACGGGAGCAAAGAAGCGGCUUCGUCACGGACUUACCUGAACACGCUCCCGUGCUCUGCCACAGCCGUCGUCUCCCACAGGAGCCGCGGGGGCUGAGGCGGCGCCAGCAGCUGAGCAGCGCGCGAGCCCCCUCCGGGGGGGAAACAAGCGCGUUCAGCAACCCACGCGGUCCCUGCGCUCUCAUCGGGACAGGAGGAAAGGUCUUGACCCCCAGGCAAAAUGUCCCGCCAAAGCAAUGCUCACAGCGGGAUUCAGGGGAACGAUUUUCAUUCCGAUUUUUUUUUGGUAAUUACUUGAGGGCCUCCCGGGGAACUCAGUUCAAACUGAGAGACCCCACACUUGAGAAACUGGAUUCCUGGUGUCUUACCUACAUGCUGCUCCAUUUAGACAACAGGAUGCUGGGCCUCGAGCCUGAGGUGGAAACUAAAAAGAGGAGUAGUUUUGGGGUCUUGAGAGACAGUGACUAUGGGCUCCUUAUUCAUGCGUACAAGAAAGUGCAGGUUUUAGACCAGAUCCUGUUCUCCUUUGAACAACGUGUAGGAAGACUAACAGGGGGCAGAACUGAUUCACUGUUCCGGCUGGCACAAGUCAACCUGCUCAGACAAGUUCCUGAGAAUGUGACCAUAUUUAGAGACAGGACUGGUAUCCUUUUAGAGGAGAAGAUUAGUACACAGUUGAAAGACCAUGUGAAGACAUACAGAGAAGGCAGCCAUACGAAGCCACAGGGAGAGGCCUUAGAAGACACCAAACCUUCAAACACCGUGAUCUUGGACUUCUGGCCUCCAGGAUUGUGA